AUGGCCUGGACGACACUGGAAGUUUCGAACUGCAGAAAGAAAGGACAAAAAAACCAGUCGGAAUCAUAUUUUACCAAUAUUCUUGCAGUUGGUGGAGAAGCUCAGGAGAUAAAGCUAUUGCAUCCAUCACAACUUGUCGUUUAUGCAGGCAUGACAGGUCACAAGAAGGCAAUAAGUUGUCUUUUGUUCCACCCUCAAAACCCGACAUGGCUAUUCAGUGGUUCUGAAGAUCAAAGAAUAAUUUUGUGGGACAUUGGCAUUCCUGACUUUACAGACUACAGCACUAAACACAGCCAACUACUUGUAUUGAAGUGUGAUGAAGGGAUACUCAAUAUAGUGUUCUCAAGCAGCCUCGGAUGGUUGCUUGCUGGCACUGAGGAUGGAUGUUUUGGUUGGAAAAUGGAUGGGGCUCAAGUGGUUGGUAAGUCAAGGCGACCGGCAACCCAGUUUCAACUGCCACAGCUUACCAGCAAUGAAGAAUGUGUGGACGGCCUGGUUUUGCUUGAUGAUCACACAGUGGCAUGCAAAUAUGUUGAAGAAUCUUUUAUCUAUAUAUGGAACUUGCUGGAUUACAUUCCAUCCCAAGUUGGACAGUCAAAAUUCGUUUCGCUCGAAGAAUCGACUUGUCGUUGGGGAUUCCCAGGGUAG